AUGAGUCUUCUUUCCAGAUGGAGCACUUUCGGCCCAUUAAAAACACCGCAAAGAGCAACUCUCCUCGCCCGAAGCCCACUGCUCUCUAGGCACGCGCGCAAUGCCUCGCUCUCUGCGAUUCACCGCGGAAUAUGGCGUUCUGACAAGGGGCCUCGCAACGAUCGUACGAGAAGGCCUGGCUCUCGAUCGCGUCUGACAGAUUCUCGCGGCCGAAGUCGACCCGGAGAUGCAGCCGAAUCCAAGCCAGAUGCUUUUAGCCAACGAUUUUCAGGUGCCGUCGGCGGCCACCGAGACGGCCCCCGGGAUCGCGAGCCGCGCCAGCACUUCAAGCCGAAGAAGGCCUUCCAGAAAAUGCAGGAGAUGGAGGAAGAAGGAGGCAGGAAAUCGCGGAGCAAACGGUUCAACGACCCCGAGUUUUCCUUUGGGAAGAAGAGUCUGGUGUACCAGCUCAACCGAGGCGAGUUGAAGGAUAAGGUGUCGAAGCUAUUGGAGAAGAAGGAAACACCCGAUGAGGAUCCGCCGAGGUCAUCUUUUCAGUCUGAUCGUCAGAAUGACCGUCGGAAUGAUCGUCCGCAUGACCGCCAACCUGGCCAUCGUCAGGAUCGCUAUCAAGACCGUCAACACGAUCGUUCAACACAGAGACCCGGGUUCACACAGUACGGGAUGAGAUCCAUGAGGGAUGCGGCGCGCAGAGAAGUUGAGGGUGGGGAAGCCCCUCGGCGGCGGUACGACUCACGAAGGUCUGAAGACGAUGAUUCUUAUGCGAAGAGGUCAUCGGACUUCCCGGUUUCGGUCCAGUAUACCACUGCUGCGUCGCAAUUUCUCUUUGGUCGUUCCGUGGUGAAAGCGGCACUGAAAAAUUCGAAACGCAAGCUCUACCGUCUCUAUGUCUACCAGGGCAGCAAUAAAAACACCACCAAAGACGAUGACUGGAUUCUGGCCUCGGCGGAGAAGAAAAACAUCAAGGUCACUCGCAUCUACGAAAACGACCAGAAGCUGCUCGACAAGAUGAGCAAAGGUCGACCGCAUAAUGGCUUGGUCAUCGAGGCGUCGCCUCUGCCACAGCUGCCUUUGACGGGGCUCGGCGCAGAGUCGAGUGAGUUGAGGGGCUACCCCGUCCAUGUGGCUCGUCAGUCCAAAGAGGAAAGCGAGAUCAAUGGCACCGAGGGCUUCAUCCCUUGCCGGCCUGGAUCCCCUAAACCGCUUGUGCUCCUUUUGAACGAGAUCUUGGAUCCCGGUAACCUGGGCGCUAUUCUUCGAACCGCCCGAUUCCUUGGUGUUUCGGCAGUGGCUAUCACGCAGAGGACAUCGUCGGCCAUCACCCCCACGGUGUUGAAGGCGGCAGCGGGAGCUGCCGAGGAACUGAGACUUUUCUCGGUUGAGGACCCCGUCGCAUUCCUGGACGCUUCUCAAAAGGCCGGGUGGGCUUCGUAUGCAGCCGUCGCACCAACAGCCGGUCUGCGCAACGACAGUCGCCAAUGGACCCCUGAAGGCAUUGAAGACGCCAAGCCUCUCACCAAAGAACCGACCAUCUUGAUCCUCGGAAACGAAGGCAGUGGUCUGCCUUACGAUAUCAGAAAGAAGGCAUCUCGCGAGAUCACGAUCCCACGCAUGGUCAUGUCGAGCUCAGUAGAUAGCCUGAAUGUCAGCGUGGCUACCGCGCUGCUCUGCAACUCGUUCCUGAGAGGAGUUCAGCAGCCCCUGACACUCACUGAGAAGCUACGGAAGGAUGCUCGCAAGGCAGAUGGCGGAGAGAGUCUGUUUUGA